AGCGUCGUCGUCUCCCCAUCUUCCACCUCCCAUCCAUCCACGCUACACGAGCACCAUGGAUCCCGUCGUAGGCAACGAGUCUCCGCAGCCGCGCACGACCACGACCAUCUUCAACUCUUUUCUCGGUCGCGGACGGCCGAGGAACCACUCCCAGUCCCACAACGCCGCCGCCGACCUAGGAUUGACGCUGAACACGAACACCAUCAACAACGCCGCCCGAGAACUCAGCCCGUCACCUCCCUCGCCGAUCCCGACAUCCGCGGUGACCCAGCGCCGCCGGGGACCACCCACAAUGGGCGUCAGCGUGAGCCCCAGCACGACGCAAGCGGGCCUCCACCUAGGACACAUGCUCCGUCGAAGGCGGAGCGCCAGCAACGUCCAGCCGCAGCCACCAGCCCAAGUGCAGACGCCGGGACAGGGAGGCCCUCCUGCCGUGCCGCCUGCUGCGUCGCAGGCCCAAGCACGCACGGCGCCCAUCCCAUCUGCCACCUUAUCCUCCCCGCAUCCCGCCACAGGUGCUUCGGCCGCUGCUGCCGCCGGGUCACCCUCGGGUACAGGACAUCGGCUUCGUCUCGUCCCGCACAUCGACUCGAGGCGCUCGCUGCGGUUCGAUCCCAUCACGCGGGAGCUGCGCGGGUCCGAUCCCGCUUUGCGGAUUGGGCGGUUCACAGAUCGGUCGGGGAUAGGUAUUGCUGCGGUAAAUGCGUUGAGCACGAACAAGAUCGCGUUCAAGAGCAAAGUCGUGAGCCGUGCGCAUGCUGAAGUCUGGGUCGAAGAGGGGCAGGAGAGCGGGCCAAAGUUCUUUAUACGUGAUACGAAGAGCAGCAGUGGCACUUUCUUGAACCAUGUUAGGCUCAGCCCUGCGAACACGGACAGGUCCGGCCACACCAGAUCAAGGACGGCGACAUUCUCCAACUUGGCGUCGACUAUCAAGGCGGCGCUGAGGAUAUUUACAAGAGCGUCAAGAUCCGUAUCGAAGUUGGGCGCGAAUGGCAAACCCAGGCCAACGCCUUCAAGUGUGUGUUAUCCCGUUGCUCCCCCAUGUGAACUCACAUCAGCACAAAGCACUGCAGCCUUGAAGAAUCUCCGCUCGUUGGGAGUGACCAGCGAUACGGAGGCAAGCAGCAAAGCUGCCACGUCUGGCAAGAGCGGGCCACCCCCAGUUGCCAGCGGGAUACCCGACUGCUGCAUCUGUCUCUUCCCUGUGCGGCUUCAUCAGGCUGUUUUCCUGGCGCCGUGCUCGCACGCGUUUCAUUACAAAUGUAUGCGCCCGAUGCUGGACUCGCACCAUCCCGCUUUCAAUUGCCCGCUGUGCCGUACUUUCGCUGACCUCAACGAGGAAGUGGAGAUCGAUAACGAGGAAGAGGAUGAGGAAUUCGAAGACCCCGGGUCUUUCCCGGCUGAAGCUGCAAAGGACACUGUUACCGAGACCUCAAACCCGCUUACUUCGCUUGCGGCCCAAGCGACGCUGCACCCGGGCAUCGUGCACACCACUCUCGGACAGAUUGGCGAGAUGGGGGAGCUUGUCGGUGAUGCGGAAGGUGUGCUGGCUGACGACCUCGAAGAAGCCGAGGAGGGGGACGAAGUCGAGGAGAUGUUCACUGGGCGCUCGCGGAUGAUGGCGGGAGCGGGUGCGGGCGCGGAGACCGAAGUCGAGGAGGAGGGUCCUUCAGCAGGGAGACGGCUCUCGAUGCACGUGGUGGCGGACGAGGAGGCGUCCCGGGCAGGACGUUCGGCGUCGGCGAUGGACGUCGAUCAUGACGGGGACUCGACCGGCGAAGGCUCGGCCUCUGGGUUCGGAGAGGGCGGGGUUGUGCAGGUUGCGAUGGGCAUGGGCAGCAAGCGGAAGCGGUAGAUAUGCGUGGGGAUAGAGAGCAGCAGCCGUUUGCGGGCUGCGAGAACUUGGAUUCAUGGGAUUGUUUACUUUACGACGGCGGACAUGUAUCUCUGUGAUGCGGGCGCCGAUAUUUUGCUUAAUGUCGCUUUCUUUAUUCUGUAUCACGGUCCUCAGUGAGAGAGAUGUCAUGGAGCUACACGCAGCACUCUCGAGCUUACCAUGUGUAGCAUGCGAAACACCCGAGCAUAGUCUGUAAAAAGCUGCAGGCAG